GAAGUCCUCUUUGUGUUUUGCUUGUUACGUACGCACGCACACAAACAAACACCGAGGGAUUUGUAACGUCUGCAGCUCGAGUAACGACAAACAUAAUGAGGAUAUGAAGAAGUUGCUAACUUUCCGUGCCCUCAUGUGACGGUGUGGCCCGUUCGGUUCGGUAAAUAACCGUCGGUGUAAUGUUUGUCCUCGCCGUUCGGCGGAGGGACCGUCCGUAAAUGAACGCGUUGUUUGUGGCCUUUGAACAAAGAGCUUUUCUUCGCUCUACCAUUGUUACCGAGCGGGGCGCCUGUUUGCUCACUGGCUCAGAGGUGGUUUCGGACCGUUAAACUGCUGUUCCAGGUCCACGUGGCCAGCGCUUGUUGAGUUUGCCAUGCUGCUUGUGUUGACAGGUGAGGGGCGGCCUGUGCUCCAGUCAUGACCUCUGGGAAUGGGAACACUAACAGCAGCCAGCACAAUGGAGAGAGCAAACCAGCCCAGGCCCUAGUCAAGUCCCACAUCCUCACCCAUCUGAUUGAAGGCUUUGUUAUCCAGGAGGGUGCUGAGCCGUUUCCUGUUGAACGUCCAUCUUUCUCAGUUGACUACCUAAGGAGACACACAGCGAACUCAAAGAUGGACGGCCUCUCAAAGGAUUUAAAGGCCCAGCAGGAGCCAAUGCUGACCUGCGAGCUGUGUGGCAAGGUGGACUUUGCCUACACCUUUAAAAGGUCCAAGAGGUUCUGCUCUACAGUAUGUGCCAAACGCUACAGUGUGGGUUGCACAAAGAGAAUGGGUCUUUUCCCAAACCGUAAAACCACUCUGGAAAACAUGAAGAAGCAAAGAGCACUGAACGGAAACCUCAGGAACUCCAGUUUGGAGCCCAAAAAGAAGAUUCCCUCUGUGCAGAAGCCUGCUGCAGCUGCUCUGACCACCGGUCACUCGGUGCACCCUGGGCAGGGAGAGCCCAGCCAAUGUUCAGACCUGUCUGGCUACAAAAGCCCCCUGUCCCCACUGUCACCCACCCAGCGGCUGCCUGCGGUGCGAGACUCUGAGCUGCCCCUACUGCCCCACAGCGUCCAGCCCAGUGACCCUGGCCAGUGGAACAUAGAUGAUGUCUACGAGUUCAUCUCCUCUCUGCCAGGUUGCCUGGAGAUUGCUGAGGAGUUCCGCUCUCAGGAGAUCGACGGGCAGGCCCUGCUGCUGCUGAAAGAGGACCAUCUCAUGGGAACCAUGAACAUAAAACUGGGUCCUGCACUCAAGAUCUUUGCUCAGAUCAACAUGCUCAAAGAGUCGUAGCCCAUCUCACAUCACACACGUAGCCCUGAGAGGCGGCUCUGGACAGAACGGACCUGCUCAGGGUCGCCUCCAUGCUGACUAACUCUGAGAUGAGUUCAGGUACCGUGCCACAGCUUUUUGAUGGAUGUUGUGUCGCAGCCCGCGGAACAUGAGGACAUCGGCCGGGGCUGUUUGACUCACCUUUUCUGGUGAUAACAUCACUCUGGCAUUACUUCAAGAACACUUCACCGAGUAGUUUGAUAAGACUGGUGUGUUUGGUAGACUGUGUUGGGGAAAGCGUUUCAUUGCGAAGGUAUUUUAGUGUUCAUAAUGUAUUACUGUUCCUCGGUUAGUAGUUGAAUUUGUUCUGGUAUUUCUCCAAGGAGCACGACUGAAGAUUACAGUGUUACUGUUGAGCCCAGUAACAUACCUGCUUGAUUAGAGGAGCCGUGCCUCCUUUGCAGAGUUACAGCCUGUCCUGAUUCAUGGCCCUUAUGCCACCUGCCACAGUCCUACACUGCAGUCUCCUCGAACUCUGGACACUUCAGUCACUGAGCAGCUCGUAAAAUUCAUUACAAGAAUAUUGGAAACAUUCAGUGGAUGGUAGCAGUCUGUCAAAGAUCCUGUAUAAACAUAGGAGGGUGUAGUUUGUCAGGACUCUGUAUAAUGCACUACAGUUUAACAGCAGCAUAGCCUCCAAAAUGAUCACACAGUUGAACAAAAGAUUCUGAACACAAACUGAACAUUGGACUAGGUGUGCCUAAUAAACUGACGUGGGUUAAGGUGGUGGAGCUACAGGACACGGCCUUUAUAUUCAGUAGUACUGCUGCAGUUUAUCAUGCAGCCACUGGUGGCAGCACUGAGUUCGCUGCCGAUCUCCAGGUGUAGAGUGAAACAAGACAUUUUUGAUUGUACAGAUGUUUAUCCCUUGUCAUAGAAAUCAUAGCUGACAAAUUAAUCUUGCACUUAGUUGCGUUUUGCAGAACCUUACCUGCAUCCCAUGGGCUUCAUCAACAGGUAAGCUUCAGUCAGUUUUUGUGACUUUUUUUAAUGAGGUGUUCUGUGACUGAACUGUUGAUGUCCGUGAGGUGGCGAUGCUGGACUGUGAUUUGUAGUGUGGCAGUCCUGGAUCAGGGCUAAGAGUCACCAAGUCCCCAGUGGCUACAUUUCAAAUACCUUAUAUGCAGCCACAUCUCCCUUAUUUGCAUCCUUUCACUGUGUCUUAGUCCCGCCCACAUAAGAUGUGAGGAGAGAGGACUCGAGGAAACGUCUUUUUUUUCCUUCAAUCCUUCAUCUGAAGCGUCCAGUCAACAUCUGAUUUCCGAUAAAGGGGCGUGCCAGUCCUUAAAAGAUUUUGUAAAAGAUGUGCUGUUUCCUCUUGGCUUCUCCAGCAGCCUCCUCCCUCUGUGAACGACCUCUGGGUGGAGUGAGGACUGAGGAACAAUCAUAUGAGGAAACCUGUUUAUCACAAAGACUGGAAGCACAAACUGCUGGACUCAACCUGCAGUUGGGAGAAACACUGUCUAAUGACACUGACACUGUGAUUUGUAGUUGGAGCAAUUUGACCAAAACUGUUUGAAUGAAUGGGCAAAUGGAAGUUGGGCCUUUUCACUUGUUUCAGGUAAUUUUAUCUCUGCUCCUAGUCUUUGUGGUAAGCGAAACAAAAUAACCCUCUACUGGGCACAGAGAGCUGAAAGCCAAGACAGAGGCUUAUGGCCAUAAAUAUCAGAAAAUGCCUUAAUGGAUUGAAUGGACAGUUGGAUCAAAAAGAGCUAAAGAACCAUUGGCCUGAGUAUAAACACUGAAACUGUAGUGCUGUUAACUUGGCCUGAUUCAUCCUCCUGUGACUGUGACUGUACGGGCUGGACAUCACCACGUGGACACACAAUGAAGUGUGCUCUACUGGAACUGUGCUGAUUCAACUUGUCACUCAUGUUUGCGUAGUUUGUGGGGACGCUCGCUGUGUCACGUGUCAUUUUGUCCAUCCACUAUCUGCGUAGGCAACUCAGUGAUGAUGACAAAGCUGUUUGUUCAGCCCCACUGCACAGCUUUGUAAUGGAAAGAGUCCAAACAUGAAUGUUCUUAUGUUCUACAGUGAGCACGUAGCAUCUGUGCACAGAGGAAGUCACUCCAAGUGCCUGUGAUGUUCUGAUGAGGUGUAUAAUUCAUGCUUGAAAAACUGAAAGAUGAGAAACCUCUGGAUAGUGUUAUAGUUUUACCAAAGCCAAGCGAAUGUCACUGCUGUCACUAGAGGUUUGUUAAAGCCCAGGUGCCCAGGUGUGAGCCACAGUAACGAUGUACUAGUUUCUUACUACAGACGCCACACAAUGUUAUAAAGGUUGUUUCCCAAAGUGUAUUCUUCUAUUUUUGGGGGGAAAGCUGCAUGUAAAUCAUCAAGAUCAUAAAACUGAGGCACCUUCUUCACUGUUAUGACUCAAGAGUUUUUGUUUGUGGCAAAACAUAUGUUGUAAUUAACUGUCAACACUGAGUUAAAUGGUUUACAUCUGUUGUGAGCAAAGGUGCUGUUUGUUUACAGGAUCUUAUUCUGGAAUAAAACAGGUUCCUGUAGUUGCAGGUGAGAUCUUGACCCUGAAAAGCAUCUGUGUCACUGGGAUGACUGCUGGUUAGUGUGGUUAGUGCUAGACACUGUGUUUGUUACUGGCCUAUGACAUAUUGAACAUGUUUGUCCUUCAAACUUUUCUUUUUUACAGAAAAACCUCAAAAAUAAAACCCUUAGAUAAACUGA